UUAAGGUAAGGUCUGUGUUCGUGGAAACUUCUAAGUGUAUUUUCAGGAACAGAAAUGUAUGUGGAGUGUCAGUUAUUACUUUAAUAUAGUCUUACAUUAAUUUAUUUCCUAUAUCAACAUUAAAAUACACGGUUUUACUUGAGAAUUGAGACUGAUGUAGCGAUGUUUAGAUUUCACCAGUGUCGGUUUCAAGGCCAGCCGGUCCAAUAUUAGUAUAGGUUAUGGUGCAGUGUGUUGUGUGGUAACAAACGCAGUUUCCUUCUGUGAAUCAACCUUAUUAAAGACACUAAACUCGUGUCUGUAAGAAGAGUCAUGACUUCAUCACGUUCAGAUCAAAUUCAGGUGGACGUUAGCCAUAGUGUGUUCAGAAGAAAUGUAUAUUAUUUAAUGUUAUCACCUUAUUUGCAUUAUUAUACAUGCAGUGUUUAUAAUAUGUGAGUGCCAAAUACGAUACAGCAUGCAACCAGACAGACGGGGAAUUUCUUUGGUUCUGUUCAGAUACCAAUUUGACCGCAUUUCAUCGCAUAGCACACCGCAACUUGUGAUAGACGCUGGGGGCGUCGGGAAGCAGUUGCGGCCGCUUAUUAUAUCAACUUGCACUGGAAUCACAUCACCAGACAUUGAAGUCUUGUCGGCGCCCACACAAAGCACACAGAACUUGGUACAGUAGCCACGCCCCAACGACGCGCCGCGUCCAAUGACACCGGGGCAUGAUCUUGAGCAGACCCCGCCUAUACGGUAGCGCGAAUGGGGUGUUCUGGGCGAGUAGGCGGAGACAAGACACAAGUUUCCGGGGACCCGGCAGUGCACGUUUCGAGCGUCCGGCAGUGUUCGCUUCUUUGCCGCGCGCGGCAGGAGUUUAAACGUGUUCCCAAGAAAGGUACCCGUCUCGCGGGCCCAAAUGUGUUUAGCCAUGGACGAAGGCGGUCGCCUGCUCCUAGGCUACCGUGAUUUACAGAACGCGUCGACAAUGAUCCUGGACACGGUGACAUCUCCCACCGCCCCAACAACUCCGGGAACCCUGCCAGUACCCAUGAUAGGCGCAACAGCUGCUCUGCAUUCAUCACCGGUGGACUCGCCCCUGGAUCUGCGGGGCGGACACUCGGCGUCGGCACCCAUAAGCCCCGGCGUCAUCUGCAGGCUGUCAGCCAGCGGUGACUCUGAUGACUCCGACCCGGACAUCAACGUUGAUUCUGACGAUCCGGAAGAUUCCUCGCCGACUCUGCUCCGCUCGCGAAGUAGCAGCAUUGCAGAUUUCCACCGACACUUCAUCGGCAGCGGUGGCGGCCAACAGCGGUCGGAGUCUUCGUCUCAGGCCGCUGUAAACUCCAGUGGCCUCCAGGAAGAGGAGUGUUCCCCGUCAUCGCCGUCAGAACAGAGCAAGAAGUCGUCACCGCCCUCCGCGCAGGUGAAGCCUCCAUACUCGUACAUCGCCCUCAUCACCAUGGCCAUCCUGCAGUCUCCGCACAAGAAGCUCACUCUCAGCGGCAUCUGCGAGUUUAUCAUGACGAGGUUCCCUUACUACCGCGAGAAGUUCCCCGCGUGGCAGAACUCCAUCCGGCACAACCUGUCUCUCAACGACUGCUUCAUCAAGAUCCCUCGCGAGCCCGGGAACCCCGGCAAAGGCAACUACUGGACCCUGGACCCAAUGGCGGAGGACAUGUUCCCGGAUUUCCUCCUGCGAGACCACCACGCCGCUGCCAUGGCCGCCUCCUUCCUCGGCCCUGACCCGUACCAUCACCAUCACGCGCUCCUGGGCCCACACCACGCGGCGUUACACCCUGGGCCUUACCCCUACCUGUCCCCACUGCCACCCGCGGUGCCACUCCUUCCACCCGCAGAUUUGGCCCGUCUCUCGCUGGGACCUCUGGGUCUCAACCUCCUGACCUCCCAGCAGCAACCGCCGUUUCCGUGCAAGCCUGUCCCCAUGAGCGUCACGGCCACGCACAGCGACACCGGCAAAUCGACGGCGGGAGGAAGCAGGAACGGGUUCAGCAUCGACUCGCUGAUCGGCAAAGUACAGGGGAGUGUGUCGCCCAGCAAACCGACGCCUCUACCCUUGCCGGCCCGUCUCGGACCUCUCGCGCUGGCCCAGCUGAAGGCUCGGCCCGGUCUUCAGGUACUAGAACCAUCGAAUUCGCAGACGUCGGGGCCCGCAGUCACCCGAAGCCUCGACUCCGCGUUCUCGCCUCUCACUUCUGCGGGCUGGGCGCGGUAAUUUUCGACGACGGAGCUGGCUUCCGUACCCACCAGUUCCGAGACUCGAAUUCGUGUGGAUAAAUACAUUCGACGUGCAUGUCUGUAUAAAUGUGUAAUAUAUUUUAGAGGCGUUAUAUAUUAAUUAUAUGACAUACCCGGUCGAUGUGUAUGUGUAAACGGUAGGGCCCAGAACACGAUAUGCUUUUCGAAGUGAUAAGAACUGAUCUCGUCCGAUGAAUUUGAAAUGCGUGGCCUGACUUUGAACGCUGUUGUGUUGACGGCUGGUAAUUUAGUAUGUGUUGUGUUUGUUUUGUUUUUUUCUUCUCAUUGUUCCAAACCAAAGUCGUAAUGUGUAUGUACAGUAAAACAUGUAACAUGUCAGUAUUAUUGAUGUAAUUUUUCUAACAUUGUGCCGAGUGGAACAAUGGAACAGCUUACACCGAACAUGCUAGUCACAAAUUCAAAUUCUCUUGUCAUUUUAUUUACUUGUGGUAGUGACCCCAACCUUUGGAUCGUUCCAUAAGUGUUUGUAGACUGGCCCCUUUUUCAGCCUUGAGUGUUCAAAAUUUUAUAGAAAAUGUAAUUAGAAUGGUGUACUAAGUUUUACGCUGAAUUACAUUGAAUGUACAUUCAUUUUCCAUUA